AUGGUCAUGGCCAACCCCAACGCCGCUUCCCCCGAGCUCGCCGGAAAAGUUGCCCUCGUCACUGGAGGAAGCCGUGGAAUCGGAUCGGGCAUCGCUCUGGAACUAGCCAGGAAGGGAGCCUCCGUGGCUAUCAACUUUGCACGAGACCCGACCUCGGCCGAGAAAAUGGUCAAUGAGAUCAAGAGUCUCGGCGUUCAAGCAGCCGCUUUCCAGGCAGAUUUGACCAAGGUCGAGGCCAUUGAGAACCUCUUCCGCCAGGUGGUCUCCCACUUUGGCCAGAUCGAUAUUGUCGUUUCCAACUCGGGCACGGAGAAGUUUGUCUCCCUGUCCGACACCACCAUCGAAGACUUCAACGAGGUCUUUGACCUGAACACGCGCGCCCAGUUCUUCGUCGCCAAGAACGCCUACGACCACAUCCAGCCUGGCGGACGGGUGAUUCUCAUGUCCUCUAUCGCCGCGGGUGUCGGUGUCCCCGGCCACUCUCUGUACGCGGGCAGCAAGAGUGCCGUCGAGGGUUUCACGCGCUGCUUCGCGGCCGACUUUGGCAAGAAGCGCUGCACCGUCAACGCCAUCGCCCCCGCCGGAGUCAAGAGUGACAUGUGGGUGAAGAACUCAUGGCGGUACGCGGCCGGUUGCGACCAGAAUUCCUCCCUUGAGGAGAUCGAACAGGCAUUGGCGAAUGGAAGCCCCUUGAAGCGAUGUGCCGUUCCGGCGGAUAUUGGGCGCGUGGUGGCCUUCAUUGCCAGCCCCGCGGGCGAGUGGAUCAAUGGUCAAAUCAUCCCAUUGAACGGAGGGGCUAACAUCUGA